AUGGUGGUGUCCCGACCCCGCGACCGCGAACAAGAUAAUGGAGACGCCACCCGCAUCACAAAUACCCCUUCCAAGUCGUCCAGAAUGUCGAGAGCGGACUCUAGUCCGCCCAAGAAGGAGCGGGAGAGGGACAGGCAGAUCAAAUCGUCAGCCAAGGACGUCGCGGAGCUCACUGAUUUCCAAUUAGGGGAUUGUCUGGGCAAAGGCGCCUUUGGGUCUGUCUACAGAGCUCUGAAUUGGGGGACAGGCGAGACCGUUGCCGUCAAGCAGAUACGGCUGGCUGAUCUACCAAAAAGCGAGCUGAGGGUUAUCAUGCAAGAAAUAGACCUGUUGAAGAAUCUAGAUCAUUCGAAUAUCGUCAAGUACCAUGGUUUUGUAAAGUCUGCAGAAACCCUAAACAUUAUACUAGAGUACUGCGAGAACGGAUCCUUGCAUUCCAUAUCCAAAAACUUCGGCCGUUUCCCAGAGAACCUUGUUGGACUAUACAUGUCACAGGUACUUCACGGACUGCUCUACCUGCACGAACAAGGUGUCAUACACAGAGAUAUAAAAGGUGCAAACAUCUUGACCACCAAGCAGGGUCUGGUGAAGUUGGCGGAUUUUGGUGUAGCCAGCCGAACCACGGGACUUCAUGAGUCCAGCGUCGUUGGCACACCAUAUUGGAUGGCUCCGGAGGUAAUUGAACUCUCCGGUGCGACGACAGCCUCGGACAUCUGGAGUUUGGGUUCAACCGUCAUCGAAUUGCUUGAAGGGAAACCCCCAUAUUAUAAGUUCCAGCCCAUGCAAGCCUUGUUUCGAAUUGUCAACGAUGACCACCCACCUCUUCCUCAGGGUGCUUCUCCCGCCGUAAGGGACUUCCUCAUGCAGUGCUUUCAAAAGGACCCGAACCUGCGUGUUUCUGCAAGAAAACUACUCAAACAUCCCUGGAUAGUAAACGCUCGACGAUGCGACUCUGUUGUGCCGAAGAAGUCCACCGAGUACGAGGAGGCUGUCAAGAGUGUUCAGGAGUGGAACGAAGCACUCCGAUCUCCCAAUUCAAAUGCCAUCCGGAAGACCUCACAACAAUCGGGGAUGGGGAAUAGUCCCAUGUCGACACAAAAGGACCCUUCCCUUCACCCCGUGAAUAUAGCAAACCGAGACUCCCUAUCUGUUCUCAACAUGAACGCCGCUGAAAAGUACCGCUCCCCAGAAAAUGCAAAUGACGAUAACUGGGACGACGACUUUGCCUCCGCCAUAUCUCCUCGCGCCCUUCACCUCCCACACCUUAAGCCCCAGGAUAAUUUCGGCGGAAUGCUCUCUCCCGAAAAAUUAAAGGCCUUUGCAUCCCUCGAAGGCAUAACUGAGCUCUGCCAGUCAGAUAGCUUCGGUGUAGACGAUGACGGCCAAAUUAACGAUUCCAUGAAUAAUGACGAACCUGACCCCUUACAGACCAUUCGGCCACUGACCCGAAAGUCGCCUGAUGAUGAAAUUAUGCCACCACGCAGUCCACGCAGGAGACAUAGACAAUAUCCUGGUUCCGCCUUUAGGAGGAACCCAAUAAUAUCGUCAGCCUCAGGAGCGGCGAGGCCGGUUCGCCAUUCGCGGCCUGCGAACUUUUAUGAAGAGAGUUCGGUGGAGGACUAUUCGGAUCUCAUUGAAGCGAAUGACGAGGUGUUGGAAAGUAAACUGUCUGCCAUGCCGGGUACCGGGCAAGACGAGAAUGCCAUCCAAGCCCAAGCUCUAAUGGGUCAAGACAUAUUCUCAGGCGACGAGGAAAACGGCCCUAUAAAACCAACAUCACACAGGCGCAAAAGAUCUGAACUCGCGCGCUCCCGGUCAGCAAUUGAAAUAGAAAUGUACGCUGAGAACGAAGCAGAUGAAGACUUCUCUGAUAUCUUAGGGGACGACGAGAGUACGCUUGUAAAGCUAGAAAGUGACGAAGGCUCAGACCGCAGCACGUUACUUCUCAACUCUAAACUAUCUACUAACUCGUGGCUCGGCGAUAUUGAUGAUGAGGAUGAUCCAUUUGCGCAACUCGAGGAAGGGCUGGAUGAGUUGGACUUGGAAGCUAACAUUGCGCGAGACAAGUAUGCCCGGUUACGAAAUCAGGUUGAGAGCCUGGUUAGUUCGUUGAAAACAUCGCAGGAUGACGAAAUUCUAGUAGAUAUAUCAGACCAAUUGAUGACCAUAUUUUCAGACAUGCCUGAAACCAAGUCUGUGAUUAUGAGUGCUCAUGGAAUGCUCCCUAUCCUAGAAAUUCUAGACACCUGCAGGCGCCGGGAUGUCAUCUCUAACCUUUUGAAGAUAGUUAAUGCUAUCAUCUACAACGAUUAUGAGAUCCAAGAAAAUCUCUGCUUCGUUGGUGGUAUUCCAAUCAUCAAUAAAUUUGCCUCGAAGAAAUAUCCAAGAGAAAUCCGUCUUGAGGCAGCGGCAUUUGUCCAACAAAUGUUUCAAACAUCUACCCUAACCUUGCAGAUGUUUGUCAGUGCCGGUGGAUUGAACGUUCUUGUUGAAUUUCUUGAGGACGAUUAUGAGGAUGAGAGGGAACUUGUUUUGAUUGGUGUCAAUGGCAUAUGGAGUGUCUUUGAGCUGCAGGGGUCAACUCCAAAAAAUGACUUCUGCCGAAUACUGUCUCGAAACUCAGUCCUGGACCCCUUGUCCCUCGUUUUGAGUAGGGUACUCGACGAGGAAGAGGGCGAAUUGGCAGAGGUUUGCGAGGCUCGUAUUUCUAACAUUUUUUUCAUAUUUUCACAAGCUGAAAGCCACGUCAAAGAAAUGGUUGCUGAGAGAACUGUCCUACACCGCGUUUUGAAAGAAUUAAAGAGAAUGUCACCCACUCCUCAGAUAACGAUGCUUAAAUUCAUAAAGAAUCUCUCCAUGUUAUCUACGACACUGGACUCCCUUCAAAACUCCAACGCCAUUGACGUCCUUACCGAACUUCUCCGAUCAACGAUGAAGAAGCCCCAUUUCCGCGAAGUGUCAAACCAAAUCUUGAACACAAUCUACAAUAUGUGCCGUCUCAGCAAAUCGAGGCAGGAGGAUGCCGCAUUAAAUGGCAUAAUACCUUUACUUCAAAAGAUUGUCAAAACGGAGCGGCCCUUGAAAGAGUUUGCACUGCCUAUUCUCUGCGAUAUGGCACACUCUGGCAAAGUUGGACGCCGUGAGCUGUGGAGGAAUAAGGGGUUAACGUUUUACAUCUCCCUACUCUCAGAUCCUUACUGGCAGGUCACAACUCUGGAUGCGAUUUUUACCUGGCUUCAAGAGGAAACCGCUAAGGUUGAAGAGUAUCUUCUUGAUACCCAGCACGGGGAUUAUUCAUUCACAGUUGCCAUUAUCAGAUGCAUGGCAAUAUCAAAAGCCAAUGCCUUUGAGAAUCUUCUUGAGCCACUCCAAAAAUUACUACGUUUAAGCCCUGCGAUCGCAGCCACUCUUGCCAGACCUGAUAUGUUUGAGCGCAUUGGCCAAAAACUACAGCAUACCAAGCCUGCUGAACAAUGUGGCCUUCUCCGCCGCUAUGGACUUCUCGACGCGAUCCGAGAGCUACAAAAGGACUCUCGAGUUCUUGUCAGGGAGCUCGCAGGCCAACUUGUAAAAAAUAGCGAGGAAAGUGAUAGCGUCAGUCUGAACGGAUCGAAACGAAGACCAACCCCAAGACGCAGAAGCACGUCCACGGCUGCCCCUCCUAGCCUCAUCUCAAGUCACUCCAUGCCCGCAACCCCUCAAGUGACCAGGCCGGGUUCUGCAAAGCCAUACUACGAAGGUCGGGAAACUCCGCGUCGCCAAAACGGGCUUGAUGGCUCCUUAAUCCUUCGCCCUGGGAGCCGGGACGGCAGAGGCCCAAAUAUACACCCUGGCCUGGCAGGGAAUGGAAGAAAUUCGAACCCCAACAUCUUCACGCACCCCGUCUCUCCUUCAACCAUCAUCGAGGAGACGCAGGCCAACUAA